AUGGCACCCCCACUCCCAAUCCUCAUCAUCGGAGCCGGCAUCUCAGGCCUCACAACCGCCCGCCUGCUAACAAAUAGCGGCAUUCCGAACAUCGUCUUCGAAGCAUCCAGCCCAGAUCGUAGACAAGGCUUCGCCAUCAGCCUGCGCGAAUGGGGCUACGCGACACUGCUGUCCGCUCUCGGGGACCUGCCGCUACGAAGCUUGACGCGCGGCGUCGCACCAGACAGGGAAAUCGGCGGCUCGGGCUGGAUCGACCAGGCUGUAUGGGAUAACGGGACCGCAAAGAAACUAUUUGUGCCGGACGCGAACUCGUCGACAAAGGAGCAGAUUGUCCGUGCGAACCGGAAUGCGUUGCGCAGGUGGAUUGCCGACUGUGGGGAGGAGGAGCUGGAUGUGCGGUACGGACAUCGGCUGAAGAGGGUGGAGGGGAGCUUGGGGGAUGUGCAGGUCGAGUUUGAGAACGGGGCGUUCUAUCGGGGGUUGAUGGUGGUUGCUGCGGACGGGGUGAACUCGACUGUUCGAUCGCAGGUCCUCGCGGAUGUCCAACCCGAGAUUGUCCCUGCGGUACUCUAUCAUGGCGAGUUCCAGCUGCCCAGGGCUGACUUCGACCGGCUAUUCCGGCCACACACUGGAGAGUCCAACAUCCUCGCGGGUGUCGGCGAUGGCUUCAACACGCCGUUCGCCGUCUGCAACAUGACCAAGACGCAUGUCCACAUGGACUGGUCGUACUCGCGGCCGGCCUGGGGCAGCGGAGAGAACGACCCGCUGUACCGGCCCAAUCUCGCCUCCGAGGAAGCGAAGCGGAUCCCCCCAGCGCUGGUGGAGGAGCUUGCGUCGCGCGAUCUGGCCGAGCCGUGGAGUCUGUUUCUCAAUGGCGAGGCUAUCCAACAUCACCGGGUGUUUCACUGGGCCGUCCGGUGCGUCUCUGUGACGCAAGAGGACAUGCAGCGUGCUGUAGGGCGGGGCAUCGCCUUUGUCGGCGACUCGUGGCAUGCGAUGCCCAUAUUUGGCGGGGAGGGAGGAAACCAUGCACUGGCGGAUGGUGUCGAGCUGGCUGCUGCUGUUGCGGCCGGUGUGGCGGGCGAUUUAGGCGUGGCGAUUGGGAAUUACUAUGACCGAGCAUGGAAAAGAUCACAGGACGCGGUACGACGGUCCAAACAGCGGUUCUAUGCGCUGCACCGGCCGAUGGCUCAGUGGCGGGAGCUUUCGCAGAAGAAGCCCGUGUGA